CGAGGUUGAGCUUAUCGAGCUAUCCUUUUCAUCGCGUUCAACCUGCGCAAGUCUCUGGUAGACAGGGUCGUCUCGAUGCCAUCUCACAAGCGCGCCCUUUCUAUCGCACCUCACAUUCACCACUCGAUGCUCCGCGUCUUCACCACCUUGUCUCCCGGGCGCUGAUAUCUACUCGCUUUCCCAGCUAUCCCUCAUCUCACCAUCCUCCAUUCCACAUUUCAUCAAAAUGCCUCACGCAACAGAGCCCCCCGCGCCCGACGCGGAGGAUACCGCCUUCGAGAAUGUGAUGCGACAGAUGAACGGUCCCUUCGGGGAAGGCGACAUGUCGUUUGAUUUCCUCUCCCGCGACUUGGAACCCGGCGAAAAGGCAGACGACGCGGUGGACUACGAAGAUUUCGAUGACGACGAGCUACCCGAAGAAGAAGAGCGAACCGGACCGCCCGCCGAAAAUGGACUCGGGGAACAAGAAGACGACGCAGAUAAAGGCUUGUUUGAAGCGGAGGAGGAUGAUCUCUUCGGUGGCCAGGAGGACGAAAAUCAACAACCACCGCGCGAUGAACUGGACGACCUAUUCGGCGAUGGCCCCUCUUCUCCCCCAGCGGAACAUGCCGACGCAACACGAGAUUUGUUCUUCGAGGAGGAAGGAGAGAGUGAGAAGCCAGCAGAGGCUCCGAAGCCUGUCGAAUCCGCGCCCGCGCAGCCCGAACCCGUGCCGAUGGACGAAGACGAGGACGAACCGAUGCAGGAAGAUGAGGCGUUGAGUCCGACAGCGGAGGAUAUGGACCCGGCUUCUCUUCGCGCCUGGAAGCUCCAACAGGCUCUCUUUGCUAUGUCGUCUUAUGGUCCGGAAAACGUGCCUGCGCCGCCAGAGAAUGUCGAGGAGCUGUUGCAGUCGCUGUUCCCAAUGUUCGACAAGAAUGCUCUUCCGCGUUUCCUUGAGCUGAUCCCCCACAAGAAGGCCUUCUUUGUUGGAAAGCAGCCUCUGAAGCCCCCGAAGCCCGUUAUCCCUAAUAAGGUGAAUAUCGAAUUGGCUCAUGACCAAGAGCGAUCGUUCAAGUCUGGAGGCCAGUCGCUCAAACGUUCGCUGGAGUCGGAGCAUUCCGGCGUGGUUCCCGUCUUGGAGGCGGCCCAGGAGGAGGAACAGGAGAUCAAGGAAGAGUUUGAUCAGGACACAGAUACGGAGGAAGUGCUCCCUGGGGGUAUAACCCAUCAUGACCUUCGUGUUGUCUGCGCGGACUGGGAUGUGAGGGAUGACUUCUCCAUCAUGGACGUUGAGGAGGCGGAGGUCAAAGAGGCCGAUGUUGAUAUGGAAGACGACUGGCUUCUCGAAACCACUCGCCCCGCGAAGAAACGGAAACUUGGAAGAGAUCCGCUUGAAAUCGUCGCCUUGUCCCAUAUUGAUGUACCAGUGAUUGACGACCCGCAACAAGCCACUUCCCGCAUUGCUCAAAAGGUCACAGUCGACAUGAACGAUCCUCAUAUUCUCCUUGACGAGCGAGGAGCGGAGGCUGCUGCGCAGAAGCCAAAGGCGCUGGGUGCUCUCAAGCGGGACGAGUUGGAUGCCAGUGUCACCAAACGUCUGACCUCACGUUACAACAUCUCGAACGAUCAGGCAUACGAUAUGCUGAAACAGAACCAUCAGAACAAGGUUCGCAGUACCCUGGGCAACGUUACCUUGGAGCACAGUAUGCCUGCCCUGCGUCUGCAAUGGCCUUACUACAAGACCGAGCUGUCCAAGGCCGAAGCGCGUUCUUACCAUCGCCCUGCUCUCUCUUUCCGGCCUGGACAGACCUGUUGGUUUAAGAACCCAGCUCAUAUCAAACGAAAGCACCAAAAGGGCAAGGACGUCAAGCAACUUUACGACUCUACAAAGUCGCUCUCUUUGGCUGACAACUCCAACGUUUUGCUGGUGGAAUACUCCGAAGAGGUUCCACUCGUGCUGUCGAAUUUCGGUAUGUCAAAUCGGAUUAUCAAUUACUAUCGGAGAAAGAGCAUGGAAGACCCCACUCGCCCCAAGGCCGAAAUUGGCGAAACCGCGGUUCUCCUCCCCCAGGAUAAGAGCCCCUUCUCCAUCUUCGGACACGUGGAUCCUGGCGAGGUGACGCCGGCCAUCUCGAAUUCUAUGUAUCGUGCCCCAUUGUUCGUGCACGAAGCCAAGAAGACCGACUUCUUGAUCGUACGUAGCAGUACUGGCUCUGGUGGCAGCGAUUAUUACAUCCGUAACAUCGAGAACCUCUAUGUUGCCGGUCAACAGUUCCCGUCGGUAGACAUUCCGGGACCCCAUUCACGAAAGGUCACAACGGUGGCCAAGAACCGGAUGAAGAUGCUGGUAUACCGCUUGUUGAAAAAGAGCCCAGACCUUCGGCUCUCUAUCAGCGAUGUCACCGCGCACAUCCCAGGAACUAGCGAUAUGCAAAAUCGACAAAAAGUCAAGGAUUUCCUCCAGCACGACAAAGACUCCAAGUACUGGGUGCCGAUGGAACCUGUGCCGGAGCAGGACGUGAUUCGGUCAUGGGUCCAGCCCGAGGACGUUUGUCUGCUUGAAUCCAUGCAGGUCGGUCAGCAACAUCUGCACGACACUGGUUUUGGCAAUGAUGCUGAGAAAACCGGCAAUGAAGGCGAGAAAAAGGAACGGGAAGACGAAGACAGAGAUGGCGACGAGGAAGGGGAGAGCUUCGAGCAACAGAUGGCACCUUGGAAGGCAACCCGCAAUUUCCUCCUAGCAUCGCAGGGCAAAGCAAUGCUCAAGCUACACGGUGAAGGUGAUCCUACGGGGCGCGGCGAAGGCUUCAGUUUCAUCAAGACAUCAAUGAAGGGCGGCUUCAAGGCGGUUGGCGAGAGUGUGGAAGAUAAACUCGAUGCCCAGCGGCUCAAGGAGCUCGGAGGCCACAGCUACAAUGUUGCCCGGCAGCAGAAGUCAUAUGAAACGUCCAUCCGACGCAUCUGGGAUUCUCAAAAGGCCAGUCUGUCUUCAACAGUCGAACAUUCGGACGAGGAAAGCGACAUUGACCGCGAGGAAGAGGAGGAGUUCGGCAAGCCGACCCCAAGAUCAGAGGCUCCCACUCCUGCUCCUUUCCGCCGUGACGACGAGACGAUGAGUCAGUUCAGCAGGAUGAGUAUGCCCGCCGACCAAAAGGGCAAGGUUUUGCGCAUUAUGCGGACGCUCAGAGACGAAAAGGGUCAGCUCUACCAGAAAGAACAAACGAUCUGGGAUCCCCGGGUUAUUCGCCACUACAUCCAGCAUCGGCAUCGGGUGGAGGCACUGACCACCAAACUUGAGUCCCUCCAGCCAACGGGCGACAAGGAGAUCGACGCUCGUAACAAGAAGCUGUACGUCCAAAUCAUACCAACAACUACUAACAACCUCCCCUACCCCCAACCCCCUCCAAAGACCAACUCACGCACUAACCCCCCACAGCCUGGAAGCCGAACUCAGCCGUCUCAACCGCAACAAGGAACGACGCUUCGCUCGCGAGAAGCAAAAGGGCGCAGCCCGCGCAUCUGCAGGCGACUCCCCCGCCGAUGGCGGCAAAUCCGCCGGUACACAACGGAAGUGUGCCAACUGCGGCCAAGUCGGCCACAUCAAGACAAACAAAAAACUUUGCCCCCUUCUCAACGGUACCAUGAAACCCGAAGACCGCGUCACCGAUUCCGCCUUCGCGAUGGGUGCUCCGCCCGCGCUGUGAUUCUUUCACAACAUACACCAUUCCGCCUCCUUCCUUUACGAUAUACCUUCCUCAGUCUUCUCUUUCCCUCCCCUUCUUCUCCCUCUCCGGCUGUCGCCGUACACGUACGCCGAAAGACCACCUCUCGUGCCGCUAAUUCAUAUAUUCCUAUCCCUCCCUGCCUCUCUCGUGAUACCCUACCUUUUUCUCGACGUCAACAUGUCUAACAUACCGGCUCUCACCUACGUCUGUUUUCGCUGGUAUGCCUAAUUCUCGCUAUUCAAGGUAACGCGACACUUCCAUAUAUGUGGGUGUUAGAAUACAACUUCUUUUUUCAAGUUCAUACUUUGUUUACUUUCUUCGCCUUGCAAACAUUGCAUUGGGUGGAUUAUUGAGGGUCGCUUUUGACAGACUGACACUUGCAUCUGGAGUUUCAAGGCGACGGGGAUGGAUGGUUGGAUGUGUUCUAUGAUGUCUGAGUUAUGACAAAUGGAAGAUACAUUUCCUUUUCCUUGAUAAAAAUUUUCAUUAGCACUGGACAUUGCAGUGAAAGAUAGCGUGUGCAUCUGUCAUGCAAGAUAAUCAAUAGUACGUCAUAG